ACAUCAUCUUAAUCACUUAUCAUUUCCCUCAUAGUAUUGGGCGGUUACUUGUUUGUUUGUUCGUUUGUACGGUACAGAGACAUCAAAAAGAUGAACACAACAGAGCAUUCCGCGGUGCGGAAAAGUAGUGAUGAAGAAGCGCAAUCAUACAGCCGCGACGACACUACGAACGAAAAGGGACUCAAUGGAUCUGCAGCGAGCAAUGCAGUCGACGACGUCGAAGCACAUCAAAACGAAGCCAACACGCCGGCGGCGGUUCCACCACUGCGAGGACUAUCGUUCCUCGAUCGCUAUCUCGUCGUUUGGAUCGUGCUGGCGAUGGCGCUGGGGAUCAUCCUCGCCAAUUUGGUGCCUUCAACAGGGCCUACGCUUCAGAAGGGGGAGUUGGUUGGGGUUAGUUUGCCUAUUGCGAUCGGCCUACUCGUAAUGAUGUACCCCAUCCUCUGCAAAGUGCGCUUCGAAACCCUCCACCUGCUCCUCGCGUCACCCGCGCUGUGGAAGCAAAUCCUGCUCUCCUUCGUUUUGAACUGGAUCGUGGCGCCACUGUUCAUGGUCGCGCUGGCAUGGGCCUUCCUGCCAGACCGCCAGGACCUACGCGAGGGCUUGAUCUUCGUUGGGAUCGCGCGCUGCAUCGCCAUGGUGCUCAUAUGGACGGACCUCGCGGGCGGGGACGGCGACUACUGCGCCGUGCUCGUGGCGUUCAAUUCGCUGCUGCAGAUCGUGCUGUUUGCGCCGCUGGCGGUGUUCUAUGUCGAGGUGGUCAGCCGGGGAGACAGCGCGGAUGUGUCGUAUAGUAAGGUCGCGCAGAGUGUGGGAGUCUUCCUCGGGAUUCCGCUGGGCGCGGCGGUGGCCACGCGGUUGGUGCUGUUGCGGUUGCUGGGUGAGGAUAGGUAUCAGCGGAGGUUUAUACGGUAUAUUGCGCCGUUCUCGCUGAUCGGACUGCUGUAUACCAUCAUCGUGCUAUUCGGGAGUCAGGGUAAGCACGUCGUGCAGCAGAUCACCGACGUGCUGAGGGUUGCUGCGCCGUUGCUGGUGUACUUCAGUGUCAUCUUCACGGCUACUGUUUUCUUCUGCUGGAAGAUGGGAUACGAGUAUAAAGUCAGUUGUACGCAGAGUUUCACGGCGGCAAGCAACAACUUCGAACUCGCUAUCGCGGUCGUCGUGGCGGUCUACGGCGCUGGAAGUGGUCAGGCGCUGGCAAGCACGGUUGGUCCCCUAAUUGAGGUUCCAGUCCUCGUAGCGUUAGUCUACGUGUUGCGAUGGGUACAGAAGAGAUGGCAGUGGAAGUGAGUGACAGUCUCAACGAUCUACCCGUUGUACGAUAGGAUCGACGAAACAUCCACUGGGGUAGACCGCGAUAUCCGGAUACGCGAAUAUGGGGAGAGGUCAAACUCUGUUUGGUGGAGUUUGCAUCUCGCAUUCUUGGUCGAUUACUAGAUCAUGUAUUCGCCAUUUUCCUUCUACGGUGGAAGAUUGGAAAGGGCCUGGAACUUCUUUCUAGUCGAUCUGGGAAUUAUUGGGACGUGGGAUGUGAGUGCCGUGUCCACUUGCUAAUGGAUGGUAUAUAGAUUGGCUGAACUAUGACAAAGUGUGGCGUUAGAUAAUGCUAGGACUCUCCACACUGAAGGAAUC